UCCUGAAAUUUUCCACUGAAGCGUAUUGAGGAUGUUUUCUGCCGCUGUCGGAUGUCUCACUGUUUCACGUUUAUAUACUUGAACAGAUGAGUCUGUGACUGAGAAACGAAUCACACAGUUCAACAUUUCUGACUGGGUGUGUGUAGGAAUUACAAACCCGAUCACAGAGCAGAUCACCGAACAUCUCUGAACAAGCUGUAACAAGAAUAACCUGUUGUCUGGCCAAGUCUGAUUAAGUGUUUUUACACAUGAAAAAUACAUUUGAAACCACAAAGCAGAAGAGCAGGUUGGAACUGUAUUCGUAAAGGAAUGCCCAAAAUGAUUUCUGGAGUUGUACACGUUGUCCUGUUCUCGAUCCUUGGUAUAGGAGGAUUUCUGACGCUGUUUGUAAUGUACUAUCAAUCAGCUCCAUCUCAGAUCUGCCCUCCCCAGCCUGCUUUGCCACGUCAUUACUCAAAGCCAUCUGAGAACAGCUCCUUGUCUAAGAAGCAGCCAGACAAGCCCAUCAUGCUGUUGUGGUUCUGGCCUGAAAACCGCAGGUUUGAUUUUAGCGAUUGCACCACUUUCUUCAACAUUGAUGGCUGCCAACUGACAGAUGACCGGUCUCUGUACAACAAGGCAGACGGGGUGCUCAUCUUUCACAAAUCCAUCAAACAUGAUUUAUCCAACUUGCCUCCAUCACCUCGACCACCAUUCCAGAAGUGGAUCUGGUAUCAUGUGGAAUCACCUACAAACACAAUUAGGAUACCUGGUCUAGAGAACCUUUUCAACUUGACCUUGAGUUAUAGGGAAGAUGCAGACAUCCCUGUACGUUGGCGCUUAACUGCAAGGAAAGGUCAGGGUGAGGACUUUGUGCUGCCCAAGAAGGAUAAAUUACUUUGCUGGAUUGUGAGUAACAAUAACCCUGCAACUGGAACAGCAGUAAGGGAUAACUAUUACAGAGAACUUGUCAAACAUAUUAAGGUGGAUGUCUAUGGAAAAGCCUUUGCAAGAUUCUUGAGAUAUGAGGACUACUUCUCAACACUCUCCAGCUGUAAGUUCUACCUCUCCUUUGAGAACUCAGUCCACAGAGACUACAUCACUGAGAAGCUUAACGGACCACUUGUAGCAGGAACUGUGCCAGUAGUAUUGGGCCCACCGAGACAGAACUAUGAGGACUUUGUCCCCGGAGAUUCCUUCAUCCAUAUUAAUGAUUUUCCCAAUGCAAAAGCCCUGGCUGAAUUCCUCCUGAAGUUGGACAAGGAUGAUGAGGCAUAUCUGCGCUACUUUCAGUGGCGUAGAAACUUAUUUGCUCAGCAACAUCUAAUUCAACUGAGUCAAGAGUUCAUCCAAUCUAUUUGUUAUGCCUGUGACCAUAUAGGCAAACAUAAGGAGUACAGGGUUGUUCCUGAUCUUUACAAAUGGUAUUUGGUUUAAUUAGUCUCUUCUGAUUAGCUAUUACCAUCACUGGUGUACCCCCCCCCCCAAACCUAUGAACAGGUUAUGAACCAUGACUAAAAAUGUCUAUAAUGACAGGAAAGUAUCUGUAAAACUGCAAAGUUUUCACACAGCCUUAUGGCAAAGUGUGUAGAAUCGCACAAAAAAUUACAAUUCUCUCUAAAAAUGUAAAAUUCUCUAGCAUGAGAUUACCUAUAUAACUUCACAUGUUUUUGCGAAACUGCGGUAGGCCACUGAUUAACAUCAUAUUGUCAAUAUGCGUAUUUUUCUUGUGGAAAUCUAUUUGUAGAAUAUACUACUCUGCUGUACAGACCCAAGUGCAUUCAACCUCCUUGCGAUACAUUGAGUUUCAUUGUAGGUCUAUUUGGCGGGGAAACAGUCAAGCCAGCUGUAGCCUAUUGUCUGUUUCUGUUCAUUAGUCUUUUUUUAAGUAAAGUGAAACAAUGCUAUGUCUAUUUGUUGCUUUUCAAUAAAUCACGUAGCUGUAAAUUCUUUUAGAAGGGUAGAUUUUAAGGCUUCAAUGGUGUAUUAUAGACUAACGAAUUUAUGAAAAUUAACCGUUCCUACGGAAAUAUUCGGACCUGGCAAAAUGCGACAUUUAUUCGUUUCAAUUAAAAAAAUAUACUCACAUGACAAUUGUGAUUUUAUAGACACAAAUUAUGAAAGCGAUGGAGUCCGUCGGUUACUGCGCUCUCACCAUCAUCAAUAUCAUUAUUUACAUUAUUGAAAUUCACCAAAUAAUUUUGUUUAUAAACCCAUAAAUGAAAACAUUGCGGUAUGUGUAAAGAGACAGUGAAAUAUUAUAUUUCUCAGAAGUUAUACGUGUGUCAAAUCAUUCCUGCACCAACAUGGUUAGAGAUGGGUGUGAUUUGUACAUCUCUUCCUCUUCAAAUGCAUUAUGUGUGUAGGUUUGAGUGAGAGGCAAGAGAGAAAAUAGAGAAGGGAUGUGUCUGAUGAAUCAGGAAUCAAGGGUUUUGCACCAAAUAUCAACAUUUAAGGGGGUUUAUACUCUGCUUGUAUAGUUGCAUCUGUGCCACGGAUUUAUGGCUUUAGAUGUCUUCAAAUGAACAAUUGAUAUGUUGGAUUCACGACUCCAUCUCAACGAAAGAUGAAAGAAUAGGGAUAAAUCAAAUAAACUUCAUUUCAAGUCUGAUUUGACUUAGUUAUAUUAUUUAUCUUGAUUUACUUCUUCAAUUGUUUAUAUUUGUUUGCAUUGACAACCAAUCACAAUUCAAUAUAAUUUUUGAAAUACAUAAAUAGCCUAUUAACGUCUCCAAUUUAACCCAAAAUGUUAAAGAAUGGGAUUAAGCCAGAUGGAACUAUCCAAGCUGUAGAUACAGUACAUCUCCUUUUAAAUGUUGAUUUUUGUUUACGUUGUCAAGUAAACACAAUUCUAUAUUACUUUUGUAAUCUAGUAAAAAUAGCCUAAAGUUAAAGCUGUCUUACAAACUAAUGUAACAUUCAACCUUACAGUGAGGAAGACAUCCAUGGCCACAUUGAGUUUUCCCGGAACUAUACAUUAUAGGAACUAUACAUUAUAGAGUAAUAAUGCAUACAUCUGUUUUAUAAAUCAACACAUUAUCUGGCAUUGUUUUUCCAUUUAAACUUUUAAAUGGUUGAAAGCACAGUGAUAGACAUUUAGAUGAAAACUAAACCAAAAAAUCUGACAUUGUUUUUCCAUUGGAAUUUGGUUGUGCUAAUAGAUGGUUGAAAGCACAGUAAUUACACAUUAGACAUUUAACUAACUUUUGGCUGUCUUUUUGAGUGGGUGAAUAAAUCUUAUCUCAUUGAUCAACAUCACUCUCAACCAUAUCCAGGUGGAAAUGACGUGGUGUGCCCAGUGAGUAGAACCUGAAAGCAUUGUGGAUUUGUUUGCUAAUCCUUCUCUUCAUAGUUCAGUGAAAAUGCCAAUGUUUACAAAUAACUUUCCUGACCUCAUUCGACAUGUAAGCAAAUAGUUCCUGGUUUAUAUUAUAUUGUACGCUAAUUAGCAAUGAGUUCCCCAUAUGGAAAAUUGACUGUAUAUCAAUAUUAGUACAAAAUAAAUUGAUAGACCUAAAAUGAGGCUGUAUAUCGUUAUAUAAAAUGUGCGACUGCGUGAAUGUUCCCUCUUCUGAUCACUUCCAUGUCUCCUUAAAGUCGAGACAGCUGCUUGUUGAUUGUCCACCAUCUCUCUAUGUGUAGGGUACAAUAUGCAGCUUCAGCAUAUGGCGCGUGGAGAGAGGAAUUAUUAUUUAUUUUAUUUUGUAUUUUAUUAGGAUUCCCAUUGGCUGUUGGGAAAGCAUUAGCUAUUCUUCCUGGGGUCCACACAAAACAUGAAACAUGACAGAACAUUAAUAGACAAGGUCAGCUCAAGGACAGAACUACAUACAUUUAAAAACGGCACUCAUAGUCUACACAUUGUUUUACCAUCAAAUCAUACAGUGAAUUGUGAAAGUAUUUAUUCUCCUUGACUUGUCCCACAGCUGAAGUAAACCGUGUGAAACUGGUCAUUGUGAUCUCCACACCUGGCCAAGAAUGUUUUCUUGCCUGGAGCUGCAAAGCUGGUCAUACAAGUAGCUGUCAAGAUCAGGUUUCUAGAUCCCAGGCCAAAACACUGACAAGGUUCUUUAUCUCAAAAAUUAUUGGGGGGUUUCAUGCAAGGAUACUUUAUGGAGACACACAGGAAUGAAAUUGGCAUGAAAGGUGGUGGAAUGGUAGUGGUUUCGAAACAGGGGAAACAGGUAAUAAAUACAUGGUACAUACGAUAGCACAAGAGCAGAACUACCAUUAAGAUACGAGUGUAUAACUGUACAUGCUACCUGUGCAUAUAACAACACAGGUACAAACAGAAGCAGUAUACAAUAUGAAUAUGCAAUAGUUUCAUUCCAAAACACUAUAAAUCCAUUUUUAGAAAUUAUGGUGAAUCUGCUUGUAUUGUUCAAAGAAAUUAUGAAAGCGAUUGGUGUGGGGUUGUUCAAUGACAUGGGGUUGUUCAUUGACAGACAUGUAUUUGUUUAAAAUCUACUUGAUGGUUUCAUUUUAGAGAGACAAAUAAUCAUGUUCCUUUUGUUGCAAAAUGUUAUAUAUGGUUGAUUUCGAAAUACGGGCCCUUUUGGAUGCUAGUUGUUUUUGAAAAUGAAACCUCUUUAAACUGCUUUAUAUCUAUAUGAAUAUUUUCUUCACUCUGUCUGGAAUCAAGAUCUAAUAGUGUCUGAGACCAUACUAUUUAAGAAUAUAAUUUUCUUUAGGGGGAAAUGUCAUUACCACCACAUCAUAAAAUGUGAUAUUUUAGUUGAAAAGACUAUUACAGAAAUUGUGAUGUAGGCAUUUUAUAUAACAUGAUUCUUUUUUUUCAGUAUGUUUUUUUACUAUUUGGAAGUUUUCUUAAUAACAUGUAUUCUUCAUUGUCAUGUCUAAAUGUCCAUAUAUGCCUUGAUGCUACUCAGAAACAUGUAUUUACCACAUCAAAUAUGACAUUUUUUACAUUAUUUUAGGAAUUAUCUUAAGAACAUGCAUAUAAGGUUCACAUAUGGGAAAAGUCAUCAAUAUCAAUUGUAACUGUACACCUUUUCCCUCAAAAAUAUGUACAGUAAUGAUAAUGACUUAGCGUUAGCGUAAUGACUGUCACGACUUCUGCCGAAGCCGAUGCCUAUCCUUGUUCGGGGCGUGCUCAGCGGUCGACGUCACCGGUCUUCUAGCCAUCAUUGAUCCACUUUUCAUGUUCCAUUGGUUUUGUUUUGUCUUCCUACACACCUGGUUUCAAUCCCAUUCAUUACCUGCUGUGUAUUUAACCCUCUGUUUCCUCUCUUGUCCUUGUGAGAGAUUGUUUGUUGUUCAGUAUUCGUGUUGUUUGUAUUGGUGCGCGACGGGUCCUCGUACCCACUUUGUUUUAUUGUAUUCAUGGUUUUGGAGUUAUGUAUUGUUUAAAGUUAUUAAACAACUCCAUCCCACUCA